CUCAAGUCGGCUACUCUCCAUCGCACAAUGUCCGCCAACGAUCCGCCUGAAGAGCCUCCAGCUCCCGUUGAACAUGUGCACACUGUCCAUUUUCAUGAAAACGGUCUCGUGAAUGUCAGGAAGACGCCUGAACACCUGGUUCCCAUUAUGCAUCGGAACAUCACAGAAUCGUCUCUUCUUCGCCUUCCACCUGAGCUGCGCAACCGGAUCUACGAGUAUGCACUCGGAGGAAUGAACAUCAAUAUUGACUAUGGCUAUCUUGACUGGGUAGUGAUAGAUAAGCUCCAUAAUUAUGACAUCUAUCCUAUGGAUAACGCCAUCAUCUGGAACACCAACUACAGUCUUUUUCAUGUGUGCCGUCAGGUCUACAGCGAAACUUGUCUCCUCGCGUACAAGCUCAACACUUUCAUCGUUUCAGAUGACCUUGGUCUCAGCAUGUGGGUCCAUAUGCGCAAACAGGCGCAGCUAGACGCAAUUCGGACGGUUCGAGUCUCUUCUUGUGUUUUGAACACUGGUUGGGGGCCUUGGGAGGACUUCGUUGAUAUGUUCAGCAGACUAGAGACACUUGUCUUAGAAUGCCAUGAUCGCCAUUACUUAAAGGCAGGGCCUGGAGAUAUCCAGGCUGGAGUCAAUAAGAGGCAAGGUGGCGACCUUGAGGUGAUAGUCUUGACUGACGAAAGCAAACACUACGGGCCCACCUGGAGGCGAUUUUGCUAUCUAUGUGUGUAGUCAACCAGGCUGUUAUGGGAUCUCGAUUACACGC